CUCGGCCUCUAUCAAAAUGAUUGUUCCCAUUGAAAUUUCCCGACAGAGACAGACGGAAGCAGACGAGAAGUUACACGGUGGAGAAAGAAAAGUGCGUUGACAAAUUGUGAUCUCAACCUUGGAAGCUGGAUGGAGGAGAUCUGCGAAGUGAGAAAUUUAUGAAUGAAAGGGAAGAUAUGGCUCCCGGAGGCGGCCGUUCUUCUUCUAGUCAAAGUACAACUGAUCAUCAUCAGCAGCAGCAACUGAUCAACAAGAUCAACAAGUUGUUGAAACUAAACAAUGAGUUGAAUUUAAAGGGAAUAUACCUGAAACCAGAACUGGUAGAAUGGUACAAAUCAUUUACAGAGUUACACCUGAGGUGGGUGAAAACCAUGGUGUGUUACACUGGGAAAUGGAGUGAGGAGGAUAAAGCCAAUUACCUUCCAUCAUCAACAACCCCGCGCCUGCAAUAUCAUCUGGAUCAGAUCUUCUAUUUCGUUUCAGGGUACCAUUAUCGGGACCACCAAACCACCCAAUACGUUGUUCAUUUUGCUAGUAUGGCGCUUUCAAAGGGCUCCGGUAGAUGGCCCCGGCAUCUUGGGGAAUUCCAGGAUCGAUUUGCUCUAGAUUGUGGCAAAUUGUUGAGAAUCAUGAAGUCCCAACCUCGGGUGCCGGGGGUCGGUGAUUUUUACGAGUUUGAAUCCUCGGUUCGGGAGUUCCUCGGGAGUAUACCACUGGAACUGGGGAGUUUUGAUAGGUUGGUGAGGAAUUUCAGACGAUUUAGCAGCGGUCAUGAUUGGAGUACUUCUCUCUGUGUUGCGGUGGACACAGAAACCCGGGCCGUUGCAACUUCAUUGCAGACUCUGGCUCGUUUGAUUCGUAAACUUGAGCAGUGGCUGUGCAGCUUUCCUCAUAAGGAACAACACGAGGAGAAGUUGCAGGGCUGUAUAUCUGUGGCAGGCGCGCUGGUUUUGGAAGUGGUGCUUGUAGCUUCGCGGAGUCAAAUGCUAAAUAGAAGUGGUUACGUUAUUCCAAACACCAUGACUGAAGGUUGUGCCGAAAUGUCACGGGCGCUUUCAGUUCAGAAUCCACAAGUGACGGAGGUUUAUGGCCAAGUUCUAGACGUGUAUUGGGAAAUCAUAAAAGUGGCUGCACAACAGAUCCAUGAUUUCAGGGCCUUUCUCCAAUUAGUAGAGAAGCACGUUGAUAUCGUUCAUGAUAUCUUGGAUAACCCAUUGAUGGAUUUGGUUGAGAAACUGGAAGAUCACAAUAGUAAAGUGGAAACUUGGCUUAAGCUAAGAUUUGCACCUGUAGUUAGGGAAGCCAAUUCUUUUCUAACUUCCGCAAUUCCAAACAUUUUACACCUGAAAUUGCUGCAGAAACUUGAGAUCAUCAAAGCAGAGAUGUUCAUCCAGGAGCUACAUCAUCUCAAGUCCAAAUUUUGUGGCUCCAAUCGAGCUGCUACCAUACGGGAUGCUUUUCAACUCCUGAACGGAUUGUUCAACACACCAGACCCAGAGGUGUGCCUGGAUGAUGCAGGAAAAGCGGCAUUGAUUCGCAUUGAAGCUUUGUUUAGAGAAGCAGGAAGAUUGACAGAUGAUGUCGCGAUGUUUAAAUCAAGUCUCGGAAUGUACAAGCUUUUCAAGCUAGAAGCGACAGUAACGGUGUUGAUUGACACUGGGGAAAGCUCGAAGUUCCAGGCCAGUUAUCGGUUAGAAACUCUUCAGAAGAGUUUGCUUUUCCUCAGAGCACUUCUCUCAGAUCCAACAAAUGAUGACUAUGUGGAGGAUGGAAAUGUCUCAACAUUUAUUGAAGCACUGGUUGAUCAGACAACAACUCUGGUCUGCUCCCUGGGCAAUUACAAAAUUGAAAAGAAUCAGCCAACAAAAUUUGAUGUUUUUCUUCCCCAUUUGUCUAAAAAGAUUGAGCUUAACUCAGCUCAGAUAAAGGCAGCUUACCAGGAAAGUCACUGGAGGCCAUUCUUAAGUUUCCCGAAGAAAGACGGAUUUCACUUUGUUGUUUCUCUCCUGGAAGACUUGAAGAGGUUACUAACAGAUAAGCCUGAUAUUGUUUCUUUCUGGAAAGAUCAAGUUGAAGAGUGGCUCGCAGAACUAAAAGUGCUGUGCGCUUUUCUCAGAGAUUCGGAUGGCCAGCGGCAAGUUACUUCUGAGGAGCAACACCUGAUAUGCCUGAUAUAUGAGGCUGAAUAUAUCAUCCAGCUUUUUGAAGUUAAAGAUGGUCCACCUGUAUGGUUCCAGAAGAUGGUGCUUUUCAAUGCCAUUGAAGAAAUCAAGAUGAUCAAGUCACAUCUCCUUCAAUAUUUUAACCACAACAAAGCAACAGCACAUGAUGAUGUUCAUCAACCACCUCUGGGAAGUGGGUUGUUGCAACCAAGCAACCCCGCAACUGAUGAAGUCGUAGUCGGGUUUGAUGAUCAUGCUAAUUUUAUAAUUGAUAGCCUUAAAAGUGGUCCACCAGAAAGGCAGAUUCACUCAAUUGUUGGAAUGGGAGGACUUGGCAAGACAACAUUGGCAAAGAAAGUCUUUGAUGACAUUUCAAUCCAGUACCAUUUCGCAGUUCGUGCUUGGUGUUCUGUUUCCCAAGUGUAUCGGAAGAGAGACUUGCUGCUGGAUUUGUUGGACGAUUUUGUCCAAAUUACUGAUGAAUUCAAGAGAAAGGAUGAUAACGACAUAGCUCAAACGCUUUAUCAGCGCUUGAAAAGAAAAAGGUACCUCAUUGUAAUGGACGACAUGUGGAGCAUAGAGCCGUGGCGCGACCUGAUGAUUUCAUUGCCGAAUGACAGUACAGGGAGUAGGAUUUUAUUCACGAGCCGAUAUCAUGAAGUCGCUUUGCAAAGGGAACCUUAUGUUCUUCCUUUGCUCUCCGAGCGUGAAAGCUGGGUUUUAUUUCAAGAGAAGUUAUUUCCUGGAGGAACCUGCCCUGAGCAUCUGCAACAAGUGGGAAGGCUAAUUGCAAGAAACUGUAAGGGUCUGCCUCUUGCAAUUGUGGUCAUAGCUGGCCUUCUUAAGAACAUAGAGGUGAGAAAAAAUCGGUACGAAGAAUUUGCACACCGUUUCAGGACAUAUAUAGUUGACAGCCAACAAAGCCAGUUGAUGGAUAUCCUGGAGUUUAGUUAUCAUCAUUUACCUCCACAUCUCAAACCUUGCUUUCUUUAUAUGGGGACAUUUGUGGAGGACCAAGAAGUCCCAGCUCAAAAAUUGAAAAUGUGGUGGAUCGCGGAAGGAUUCAUUCAGAAAAUGGCUGGGAGCAGCUUAGAAGAGACUGCAGAGGCCUACUUGGUAGAAUUAAGAAGUCGAAGCCUGGUGAUCGAGGCCAAGAAAAGAUCUACAGGCCGCGGAACUAAAACAUGUCGUAUACACGAUAUGUUGAGGGAUCUCUGCUUGGAGAAAGCCAGGGAAGAGAAUUUCAUGCAGUUGAUCUCGAAGAGGAAUGCUGGAGGUAACUCAUUUACUAGCAUGUUGUAUCGACUCUGUGUCCAUUCAGCAAAACGCCAUUUCGUUAACUCGGAACUUUUUGGUCCACAUGUCCGUUCACUACUGUACUUUCCCACCGAUGAAUCAACUAAAGGUUCCAGUAAAAAAACCUGCAGUUUUGAAAACUUCCAACUGCUCAGAGUGUUGGAUUUGGAACACAUGACUCUAGGCAGAGGAUUUCCCCCUGGGAUCGAGUCCAUGAUCAGGUUGAAUUACCUGGCGGUUGGGGGGAGUAUAGGUUCAAUUCCUUCGUCAAUAGCUCAACUCUUGAACCUGGAGACUCUUAUAGUAAAGGGAACAAGACCUCAAGUCGUGGUACCAAGUACACUUUGGAGCAUGUCUAGGUUGAGGUAUGUUAAGAUAAAUCCUCGAGCUGUUUUUGAUCUCUCUGGCCCUGAAUUCGAGAAUUCUGUGGUGUUGGGUGAUCUGAUUGCCCUUUCCUCACCAGUUUUUGGUCUAAUAGAAGAAGUGGAAAAACUGUUGAAAAGGUUGAUUCGGUUGAGCAAAUUGAGAAUCAUCCUAGGACGGACCUCGUUGUGGCAUUAUUUUGGUAAGUUUCCCGAACUGGCCGGCUGUUUAGAUCGACUGGAGUCACUGAAGAUAUCAUACCAUGGUCCGGUUUUCUCAGUUGGAGUCUGCUUUCCAUUGAAUCUGAAAAAAUUGACAAUGUCAAACUUUCGCCUGCCAUGGCGACAUAUUGAGGCCGUUCGACAACUACCCAAUUUGGAAGUCCUGAAAUUGGAAAGCAGAGCUUUUGAAGGGAAAACAUGGGACAUGAGCGACGGCGAGGAUGAAAUCGAGUUUCCUAAGCUGAAAUAUCUGAAGUUACGCAAUCUGAAUCUCGCAGAGUGGAAUGCGUCAGCGGAUAAUUUCCCAAGUCUCGAGCGACUAGUUGUGCAAAGCUGCAGAGAACUUGAGGAAGUCCCUUGCAGUUUUGGGGAGAUAUACACAUUACAGAUGGUUGAGAUGAAGUGGUGUAGCCCAUCUGCAACAGCUUCUCUUGAUCCAAUCUGUCAGCAACAACAAGAAGAGUUGGGAAAUUUGGAGUUCAAGGUCUUGAAAGUGGACUAAUGGAUGAUAAAGUCGGUCAAAAGAGGAGCUGGAAAUAAGAGAUUGGAGGUGUUUUGGGCUAAUUUGGACGAUUAGGGACCUGAUUGAAAAAUUAAACAAGUUUUGGGGAAAAAAUAACAAAGACAUAAACUUGGAGGACCAAACUGAAAAAUUCGGGAUUCUUUUCUCUUCCUGUUCGGCUGACCUAAACUUUGAAUAAAAAGAGACACUUAUAUUUUAUUUUUAGGGCAGCCGUGCAUAGGCCAAAGGCUAGCACCUCAAACCUUUUAUUUCUUCCAAUUUUUCUUGAAUUUCCAUGGAGAAUAAAGCCGCCAUGUUUCCGUCCAUGAGUGGCUAAUGAUUUUCUUUCUGAUUCAAGGGAUUUAUUCAGUUAUUCCAUUAUGAGGUUUUGUUCUUAAUUUAUUGUUCUUGCCUAUGAUUUAAGUAUUUGUUGAUUCUUGUAUUAAGUUAUGAAAGUAGAUGUCAUUCAAAUUGACAACUUGAUUUGUUAUUUUCUUUUAGUGUUAUCUGCUAGUUGAAUGUUACGUAAUAGACAAGAACCGGCAGUACUGAGUAACAAUUAGACAAAGUAUUGGUGAGAUAUUAAAUAUGCAUGUUAGUUUAAAUGUGGAAUCAAUGAGGCAAAGUCUAAAUAGUUGCAACUAUCUCAAUUGUUUAGAUUUUGGUUCAACUAUAUUUCCUUGGUAUUUAUGCUGUCAUUGUUUGGUAUGGAACGCUAUCGUGCCCAGCCGAAUUAUGAUAAUGGCUAAUUGAGUGCUAGGCUUGAUUAGUUAAUUUAGGAAGAUUAAUUGAUUUAUUACGGCUAUCCUAAUAGAUCUUUGGUUGAAUGCUUAAAUUGCAAGAGUAGUUUUAGUAGCCUGUUAUUAAUGAAAUAAUUGAGUUAUCCGUCCCUUGAGUCAGAAGUCUGUUACUUUGAUUUCUUUUCAUUUAUUUAGUUUUUGUUAUUUUAAUUUCAUUAUCAUAGAUUUAGAACAACAAUCCAAAAAUCCAUCUUUGCAUUAAUUUGAAGGAAAUGAUCCGUUGUUCCCUGAGGAGACGACCUUACUUCUCUAUACUACGUAGUUUGAAGUAUAA